CUGCGAGGGCAGCGGCCACCGGCGAGGAACACGGCGCGAUGCAGGUUCAGUGCCAGCAGAGCCCAGUGCUGGCAGGCAGCGCCACUUUGGUCGCCCUUGGGGCACUGGCCUUGUACGUCGCGAAGCCCUCCGGCUACGGGAAGCACACGGAGAGCCUGAUGCCGGCGGCUACCCGCCUGCCAGCCCGCGCCGCCUGGUUCCUGCAGGAGCUGCCCUCCUUCGCGGUGCCCGCGGGGAUCCUCGCCCGGCAGCCCCUCUCCCUCUUCGGGCCACCUGGGACGGUGCUUCUGGGCCUCUUCUGCGUACAUUACUUCCACAGGACAUUUGUGUACUCACUGCUCAAUCGAGGGAGGCCUUAUCCAGCUAUACUCAUUCUCAGAGGCAUUGCCUUCUGCACUGGAAAUGGAGUCCUUCAAGGCUACUAUCUGAUUUAUUGUGCUGAAUACCCUGAUGGGUGGUACACAGACAUACGGUUUAGCUUGGGUGUCUUCUUAUUUAUUUUGGGAAUGGGAAUCAACAUUCAUAGUGACUAUAUAUUGCGCCAGCUCAGGAAGCCUGGAGAAAUCAGCUACAGGAUUCCACAAGGUGGCUUGUUUACGUAUGUUUCUGGAGCCAAUUUCCUCGGUGAGAUCAUUGAAUGGAUCGGCUAUGCCCUGGCCACUUGGUCCCUCCCAGCACUUGCCUUUGCAUUUUUCUCACUUUGUUUCCUUGGGCUGCGAGCUUUUCACCACCAUAGGUUCUACCUCAAGAUGUUUGAGGACUACCCCAAAUCUCGGAAAGCCCUUAUUCCAUUCAUCUUUUAAAGAAACCAAAUUAAAAAGGAGCAGAGCUCCCACAAUGCUGAUGAAAACUGUCAAGCUGCUGAAACUGUAAUUUUCAUGAUAUAAUAGUCCUUCAUAUAUAUAUAUAUGUAUGUGUAUAUAUAUAAUAGUAGGUCUCCUGGCGUUCUGCCAGCUGGCCUGGGGAUUCUGAGUGGUGUCUGCUUAGAGUUUACUCCUGCCCUUCCAGGGACCCCUAUCCUGAUCUCCAACUAAAGCUUCAAAAAGCCACUUUUUCAAAUGGCGACGGUUGCUUCUUAGCUAUUGCUCUGAGAAAGUACAAACUUCUCCUAUGUCUUUCACUGGACAAUCCAAGUACAUGUGGCUUCAUACCCAUUCCCUGUCAAUGCAGGACAACUCUGUAAUCAAGAAUUUUUUGACUUGAAGGCAGUGCUUAUAGAUCUUAUUAAAGGUAUGCAUUUUGUACAUGUAACAGAGUAGCAGAGAUUUAAACUCUGAAGCCACAAAGACCCAGAGCAAACCCACUCCCAAAUGAAAACCCCAGUCAUGACUUCCUUUUUCUUGGUUAAUUAGGAAAGAUGAGAAAUUAUUAGGUAGACCUUGAAUGCAGGAGCCCUCUCCUCAUAGUGCUGAAAAGAUACUGAUGCAUUGAUCUCAUUUCAAAUUUGUGCAGUGUCUUAGUUGAUGAGUGCCUCUGUUUUCCAGAAGAUUUCACAGUCCCCAGAAAACUGGUAUGGCUAUUCUUGAAGGCCAGGUUUUAAUAACCACAAACAAAAAGACAUGACCCUGGAUGGCUACUGAGAGAGUAGAGAACAACAUGACCCUAGAUGGCUACUAAGAGGAUAGAGAACAGUUUUACAAUAGACAUUGCAAACUCUCAUGCUUUUGGAAACUAGUGGCAAUAUCCAAAUAAUGAGUAGUGUAAAACAAAGAGAAUUAAUGAUGAGGUUACAUGCUGCUUGCCUCCACCAGAUGUCCACAACAAUAUGAAGUACAGCAGAAGCCCCAAGCAACUUUCCUUUCCUGGAGCUUCUUCCUUGUAGUUCUCAGGACCCGUUCAAGGAGGUGUCUCCUAGGGGCAGCUUGAAUGCCUCCCUCAAACGACCUUCAGGCAGAGACUGAAAAUUGCAGGCAGAGGGGCACAUCUGGGCAGAAAACCUGUUUUGUUUGGCUCAGACAUAUAGUUUUUUUUUUUUUUUACAAAGUUUCAAAAACUUAAAAAUCAGGAGAUUCCUUCAUAAAACUCUGGCAUUCUAGUUUCAUUUAAAAAGUUGGAGGAUCUGAGCAUACAGAGCCCACAUUUCCACACCAGAACUGGAACUAAGUAGCUAGUAAGCAUUUGAGUUUGCAAACUCUUGUGAAGGAGUGACCGCAGCUUGAGUGCUGCGAUAUGGACUCUCUAAGGAAGGGGCCAAAUGCUUGUAAUUGGAAUACAUGGAAAUAUUUGUCUUCUCAGGCCUAUGUUUGUGGAAUGCAUUGUCAAUAUUUAGCAAACUGUUUUGAGAAAUGAGCACCAGUGGUACUAAGUACAGAAACUCACUAUAUAAGUGACAUAGGAAACUUGAAAGGUCUGAGGAUGAUGUAGAUUACUGAAAAAUACAAAUUGCAAUCAUAUAAAUAAAUGUUUUUGUUGUUCAUUAAAUACCUUUAAAAUCAUGGAUGUUAAGGAAUUUUGUUUGAAUUAAAAUAUCCUGGGACUUCUGGAGCUUUUCACAAGGUAUUGGGGUGUGCUUCCCUGUACCCCCUGUCCCCCAUUCCCAUUCACCCUGUCUGUGGUCUCGUUUCCUUUCUUCUCUCUUCAUGAAAGUAGGGGCUGUGUGCUGGAAAUAAAGAAGUAUGACUUAUAGAGCCUCUCAGCCACAAUUCAGAACUACAAGGAAGUACAAUAAAGGUGCAGGAAAAUGUCAUGAGGUUAGAUGCCACUCCUGGUGCUGAGGAAUACACAGGGGGAAUGAACACACUUGGUGAAAUAAAUCUUCAGAUGUAGCUUGAGCUCUGUGACAUAAAAGACUUCCAGUUGUCUCCAUGACAUUGAAGACUGCUUUGCUUAAGUCCUUUAUUUUACUACCAUGUAAAACAUCCAGGCCGGUCCUCAAGAUGAAAUAAGUACACGAUAAAUGGCAGUACUCAGUCUCAGGACAAAACUGCCAUUUGGCAAUUUCAUUUUUUGCCACAAGAGGGCGCUUUCUAAAAUAGUAUUUAGUCCAACCUUGACUUAAUUAGGUAAUUAACAUAUUGAGGGGACCCCAGUCCUGUUGCCUGAUGGUGGACCUUUCAAAUUAGUAUGAUCGUGGAACUUCUUAAUCUGAAUAUAGGGUAGGGUAGCAUGAACUCUAUGAAAGCUGAAAACUUCCCUUGAUAAUUCAGGUAUUCUCAGUGUUGUAGGGCCGUUGUGUUCAAUGACAGUUUGUUAUUGUUUAGGGCUAGGAUAAGUAUGUGGAUUAAAUACAGUAAAGGUCUGAACGUGUGCUCAUCUCUAAACAUAUUUCUUCCCACUUUUAAAAAUAGAGUGCAACAAAAUUAUAGUUAAUUGAGGUUUCCAUGGAGUGUUUUUUGGCUAAAAUAAUCUAACAGUGUCCUAGCUCACAAGAUACUCUAUCUUGGUCUUGCUGAAACUUUCACGGAAGAGGCGUUUUCCUGCCAGUCUUGAAGAAAAUGUUGAGUUUUGUUUGUUUUUCAGAAUUUAGACUUAAAGAGCUGAAGCAGACCUCAGACAUCAGCUAUUCCUACCACUUCAUAUUAUAGGUAGUGACACUGAGAACCACAGAGUUAAAAGGCCUCACAGCUGGUACAGAGCUGGUCAGAGCAGCCAUCUCAUUUUGUCCGUUUGAGGGUCAGACGUAUGUUUUUUCUGCUUAAGGCACAGCCUUUAGGGCUGCCAUCUGGAUUUCUACAGAGCUCAUGCAUGAGAAAAAUAGCCAGAGCUUAAGUGCUGUUGCACAAUUCAAUUUAUACACCUAUUGUCCCAUGCCUGUUUGUGUGUGAGGCUUCCCUCGCUCUGUGGAAGCAUCAGGCUCAUGCCCUUUCAUAAACCUAUUUGACAGAAUAGAGAGUUUUCCCUCAUUGUUGUAGUCAAGACAACAUGUGUGUUCAGCAUGGAAAAAGGUUUCAGAUCAUAAACCCCUUAUCCCUAAUGCUUACUUUCAUAAAGAACAACACUGGCUCCACUGUAUUCUAAAAGGAAAAAGGAGCUCUAAUGAGAAAUACGCAAUUAAGCAGCUAUUUAGGCGGCUUAGACCCUUUCAGGAACAAAUAAAUAAAUCCGUGGUUUUACAACCCUGAAGUUUGAUAAUAGCUCUCUUGGAUUUUUGUGGUUACCUCAUGGCAAUCUCACUAAGAAGCAGGGGAGCAAGCUCUUGGCACAUGAAGGAGUAGGCUCAUGAAGAUUCAAUUCCUUUCCCGCUUGGCCUUUUGGUUCUCUAAUAAGCUGUGAGCUGAGGUCCAUGCAGGGAAAACAAGGAGGGUAAUGGCAAAUGUAAAGUGAAUUUUUCUAGAAAAGGAUGCUGAUUAUUUUAUAGCAUCUACACUAUCCUAUGAUGAAAGAAAGAGGCAUAGAGCCAGGUGGCAAUGUGAGUUCUUGGGUGAUUUAGUAAGCCAUCGAGUGGAUUUAAUUUCUAAGUAAGAGAUUUGUUCAUUCUUUGUACAAGUCCAUGGAGUUGUGAUCUUAAAAAGUUCUGUGUUAUUUGCAUUGUGCCUCAUUUCUCCCCAUCAACCUUAGCUUGAGAUUUGGAUGAAUAAAAUAAAUAAUUGGAGAAGGUUAAAGUAUGCACCAA